GUACCAAUCAUUUCAAAUCUAUUCAAAUUCUUAUAUUCUAUAUAGACUAAGACCAACAAAAACAACAGUCCCAUCCAGAAACAGAAACUUUUUGCCAUGGUUUUUUGUUAACUCUAACUCUACUUCCAAUACAAACGAGACCCAGAAAGCAAAACAAACCAAAAAUCAUCAGCCUCUAUAAGGAAAUAAAGAGCUGAAGUAAGUUUUGUAUGAUGGAUAAAGUAACCACCAUAACAACAUUGACAGCAAGGAGGCCGAAAUGGCAAUACCCGCCAGCACAACCAACGCCAAGAAUCUUGCAUUUACCUCGCAGGCCUCGUCGGAAAACAACAGCAAAGGCUAAUACUACAAAAACUAGUUCACCUAAAGACAAGAAAGGGAAGCUGGAGACUUUGUUUGAUCAAGAACGAGAAUUUACGAGAGGGGUUCUGCCGGUUCUAAUGGUGAGUGAUCAGUGUCAAGAGGAAAGAAGAGAAAGAGUUGAGGAAAAUGAGAGUGUGCUAAUGGAGGAAGAGAAAUGGAGGUUUCAAGCUGAGAUGUUGAGAGCAGAGUGUAAUUUGUUGAGAAUGGAAAGAGAGAUUGCUGUGAAGAAGAUGGAGAGGAGAAGAGCUCAAGUUGAAAAUGCUUUGAGAUCUGCUGUUGAAACUCUUAUCUCUGGGAGGAAAAAAAUGAGCGAGGGGCAAGAUGCAAGCAAGGUAUUGGAGGAAGAAAUUAUAGAAUUGGCUGAGAAACUUAAGAAGUUGCAGAAAAGAUCAUCAAGAACAAAAAGUAAGGACCCAGAGGCUAAAAAAUGUAGCGAUUUUGAUAAACAAGCAUCCCACCUCGAAAAACAGCUAGAAAAAUUUGCAGAAAAUCAGUCAGAUGAAAUAUAUGUGAAGGAGAUAGCUGAAGCAAGCUUGUCACCCCAAGCUUCAAACUGCAGCAGCAAUGAAGUGCAGAUGGAGAUUCUCAAAAAGAAAAUGGAAGGAUUGUCGAAGGGGAAUUUGUUAGAGAGAAUGAAAGAUGAAUAUGGCUCCUUGCUCUCUACAGCCAACAGUUCUGCAUGCAGUUCUGCUGCCAGUUCCAAGCGGAUUGAAUCUUCCGAGAUUUCUUCAUCCUUGAUGAGACAGUCAUGCAAGGAGCAAAGGCCGUGUUCAGGAGGGUGCAAGGCGAUAGUACGAAGAGUCGUGGAGCAAGUUCGCUGUGAGACAGAGCAAUGGUCUCAAAUGCAAGAGAUGCUACGGCAAGUCAGGAACGAGAUGGAAGAGCUGCAAGUUUCUAGAGAUUUCUGGGAAGAUAGAGCACUUGAAUCCGAUUAUCAAAUUCAAAUUCUACAGUCUGAUGUUCAAGAAUGGAAGCUAAGAGCACUGAGCUCUGAAGCGAAGGCAAAUGAGCUACAACCUCAGGUAUCAACUCUUCGCGACGAGCUUGAAGGAUUGAAGAAGGAAAAAACAAGAGUUAGAAGCAAAAAUUCAUCACCAAAUUCACCAAAUGAGAUGGAGAAACGAGUAUUAGUUUGUCGUUUAAAGGAAAAUCAUCAUCAUCAUCCUCAUCAUCGUCAUAAUAAUGAUAAUGAUAAGAUCACCGGAAAGAAAAAGGCGAACGAAUGCAGCAAUGCAGCAAAAAGAUCACCAUUUAGAGAGAUGAAUGGAAAUUCAUCAUCCCCAGUAUUGCCAUUGGUUAGGCAAAAUAGUAGGGCGGUUUUCCCUUUGCACUGUUCUAUGCCUUCAACUAAUGGUAAAAGUUUUGAAAGAUUUCACUAAUUAGGGUUCUUGAGUCUUGUAGUAACUGUAAUUUUGAGAUUCAUGUUCAAUAAUUCUCAAUUGAAAAGCUGUUGUAUGUGUGAUUUUGAUGGAAUUCUUGAACUAA